AUGGGCAUAGGUAUCGGCGGUGAAUAUCCGCUCAGCGCUGUGAUCACUUCGGAAUGGUCAAGCACGAAGUCUAGGGGCAGAAUGCUCUCCUCUGUUUUCAUGAUGCAGCCUGUCGGGCAGGCUCUCGCCCAGCUCGUUGGUCUAUGGGUUCUUCUUGGUCGCGAAAAGAUGUAUGGCCUUCAAGCGAUGCAAUGCGGCUUGAACACAAAGUACGAGGAUGAAUGCAAGAGGAUCGUGGAUGGAAUCUGGCGCAUAGUUAUCGGGUCUGGCGCGGCUCCUGCGCUACUUGCUAUAAUCUUCCGCUUUUUCCUCUACGACUGCGGCCUUUACAGCUUAGAAGUCAAGAACAAGGCAGGCAUGGCGCUCAAGAACACGCAAAGAGUAUAUGGAGCUCCCCGGAGAGCGUUAAUGGCUUUGCCAUGA